CACCCCCUUGUUUCCUUGUUAAUUAUCCCAUUAUUGUUUGAUUCAUGUCACCUGUUCCCCUCUUGAUUUGCUUCCCUAUUUAAUGCCCUUGUGUUUGCAGUCCUGUGCUCGAUCGUCUGUUUACAUGGUGUUUGUUCCUGUGGGUAUUUUGCCAAGUUUAGUCAAGUCUAGUUCAUUGUGUAUUUAGUGUCUAGUCAAGUUUAUUGUUAAGUGUCAUCCUGUCUAGUGUAGUCUUGUGUCUAGUCAAGUUUAGUGUUCAUUUAAGCCAUCCUGUUUAUGUUGUUUUUCCCCCUCGUGGGUUUUUUGUUUUCUGUUUGAUUAAAUAAACCUGUUUGAGUUACCUGCUGUCUGCAUCUGGGUUCUGUUCAUUCUGAAUUCCUGACAGAACGAUCGAGCCACAAAGAACCCAGCAGACAGUAUGGACCCAGCUGAGCGAGCCCGCCAGGCUCACCGCUUAUUCGGUCUCCGCCAGAAGGAGGCCGAUGUCUUGAGCUUUGCGGAGGAUUUCAGGCGGGCAGCGAAGGACACUUUCUUCACCCAGGAUGAGCUGAAGGUCAUCCUCAAUCGAUGUCUCGAUGAGCCUCUUAAGCCGAGUGAGAUGAGGAUGCUGAAACCACUGGAACUGGAGGACAUGAUCCGCUUUGUCGGAAACCGGCCGAAGUCCAGGGUCUCGGCCAAGGCUGCACCGCCUCCACCCCUGCCUCCUAUUCCGGAGGGUCUUGCUGUAGGGGUUCUGAUGUUUAAGGACCCAGUGGUCGCCACUCCUGCGACGGAGAGCCCUGCGCAGUCCGCCGACAUCCGAGGGAAGCGCGAGCGGAGAACAUCCUGGGAGUCGGCAUCCGAGGGGUCCUCUACUGAGCUUGCCACUCCCACCACAGCGCUCACCCCACCUAGCUCGCUCACCGCGCCAUGCCCGCGCAAGAAGAAAAGGAGGAAAGGGGUUGUGGCAUCCCAGCCUCAGCCUGCGCACCCUCAGCCACAGUCCCAGCCGCCGCUGCCCUCAACGCAGCCAGCCCUACCGCCGCUGCCCUCAACGCAGCCAGCCCUACCGCCGCUGCAGCCCCUGCCGUCUGCGCAGCCGCCGCUGCAGCCCCUGCCGUCUGCGCAGCCGCCGCUGCAGCCCCUGCCGUCUGCGCAGCCGCCGCUGCAGCCCCUGCCGUCUGCGCAGCCGCCGCUGCAGCCCCUGCCGUCUGCGCAGCCGCCGCUGCAGCCCCUGCCGUCUGCGCAGCCGCCGCUGCAGCCCCUGCCGUCUGCGCAGCCGCCGCUGCAGCCCCUGCCGUCUGCGCACCCGCCGCUGCAGCCCCUGCCGUCUGCGCACCCGCCGCUGCAGCCCCUGCCGUCUGCGCACCCGCCGCUGCAGCCCCUGCCGUCUGCGCAGCCGCCGCUGCAGCCCCUGCCGUCUGCGCAGCCGCCGCCGCCGUUGCAGCCCCUGCCGUCUGCGCGGCCAAAGCCAGCUGCAGCGCCCUUUGUUUCAACCCCUGUCUUGCCUCUGCUGCCGGGUGCAGCGCCCUCUGUCUGGACUCCCCACCCCAAACCUUGCCCUGGACCACCUCCUACAAACUUUUUUGUUCCCCUGCCCUCUUCCACCAUGCCUAGACCUCCUCAUAUGAACUUUUUUGUUCCCCCGCCCCCCCUCCCUUGUUUGUUAUUUUUAUUAUGUCAUCCAAACCCCUAUAUAUUGUAUUCUUGUCUGCCCUUGAUUUUGUUUGUCAUGUUUUCGUGGUGUCUGUCAGUCAGUCAGUCUGUCAUGUCUCGUGUUUAGUGUUCCCCUGGGGAGCGUCUGGUAUACGCUCCUUAAGGGGGGGGUUAUGUCAUGGUUUUGUGUGAAGGCACUGGCUUGCCAUGUGCUUUGUCUCGUCUCCUGACCCCACCCCCUUGUUUCCUUGUUAAUUAUCCCAUUAUUGUUUGAUUCAUGUCACCUGUUCCCCUCUUGAUUUGCUUCCCUAUUUAAUGCCCUUGUGUUUGCAGUCCUGUGCUCGAUCGUCUGUUUACAUGGUGUUUGUUCCUGUGGGUAUUUUGCCAAGUUUAGUCAAGUCUAGUUCAUUGUGUAUUUAGUGUCUAGUCAAGUUUAUUGUUAAGUGUCAUCCUGUCUAGUGUAGUCUUGUGUCUAGUCAAGUUUAGUGUUCAUUUAAGCCAUCCUGUUUAUGUUGUUUUUCCCCCUCGUGGGUUUUUUGUUUUCUGUUUGAUUAAAUAAACCUGUUUGAGUUACCUGCUGUCUGCAUC